AUGAAUGCAAGUUCAGAGUGUAAUGUGAAUCCCGUAAAGAAUUUCGUAGACAAGAGUAAUGACAGUGGUACGGUAUUUAGGCAAAGAAGCCACUCUCAAACAGCACGAGAGCAUUACGUGGAAAACGAGUUUUUAAGGCCAACAGAAUCGUCAAUUAGUCGAUUUCAACUCCCUGAGCCGCCUCUAAAACUAAGUAUGAAUAAUGCGGGGCCCGCUCCAAACAAUUGGAUAGGUGAGUUUUCGCAAAUAAAGCUUAACGAUAGUACCAAUUCGAAUAAGACUAACCUACAUGUGGAUGUACCAAUACGAAGUAGUCGAUGGGAUAAAAUUAGUUUGAAUAAUUCGAUGAGAGAACCUGAAAAUAGUUAUCGCUGGUAUGGGGUCAAUAGAAAUAAUUCACUCAAUGUUAUCCCCAGACAGAUAGAGUCAAUCUCUUUUGGAGAUGUGGAAAUUGAUUUCACCUCUGUAGAGGAAGAUAUCAAACAAGAGGAGGUACAAAGUAGUGGAAAUACAUUAGAAACCCUUGAUGAUGAGCAAGAAGAGCUUCAGAAUGCGGCUACUGAUAUUUAUGGUAUGGCCGUUGAAAAUAAAGCUAAUGAGAAACUGUUAAACUCUAAAUUUAUGAACCUGAUGCAAAAGAUAAGUGACGGUUCUGUAACAAUAAAUAAAUCCAAAAAAGAGUUACUCUCUCUAUCAAAUGGUGAAAUUGUUGGCAAGAAAUAUAUAUAUAUAUCUGAUCGUAAAUAA